AUGGAAUUAGAAUUACUCCAAAAUUCUGAAACAAAAAAACCUUCAAAGCUAUCGUCUACAGGAAAAGCAUUAAUUUAUGUCACUGGUGGUCUAGCAGUCGGAGUUAGCGUUAUUUGUGUACCUUUUGUGGUACCAGCACUAAGGAAAAUAUGUUUACCAUACGUUCCUGCAACCACUGAACAACUUCUUGGAGUUAGCAAAGCAUUAGCUGGUCGUAAAGGGAGACUAUUAGACGUUGGUUCAGGAGAUGGGAGGAUUGUGUUUACCGCUGCUAAACUAGGGUUUCAAGCCGAUGGAGUAGAAUUAAACCCAUGGUUGGUGUACUAUUCACGGAUUGCAGCUCUACUAAACCCCGUGUAUAGGGGUAGCAAGUUUUACAGACGCGACCUGUGGAAGUUUGACCUGAAGCCAUACAAUAACAUAGUGAUAUUUGGUGUGGAACAAAUGAUGGAUGACUUUGAGAAGAAGUUGAUUACAGAGACCAACAAGGACACUGUAGUAGUGGCUUGCAGGUUUCCUUUACCCAAUAUGGUACCUGUAGAAACAAUAGGUAGUGGUGUAGACACUGUCUGGAAGUAUGUUGUUAAAAGAUAA